UCACUCGAAGAAAAUUAACUGAUCUGUUUAAUUGAAGAAAGCAUAUGUAUACAGUAAAAUACAAAUAUAACUUUUUAUCCAUAUGUUUGAAAUAAUAAUUAAAUUUCAUUACUACGUCAUGUUUUUCAUUCGUACGUCAAAUCCAAUGUACACUACCAUUCGUGAAAUUUUUAAUUAUUAUCGUGGCGCCUCUGAAUUCAUAUCGCGUCAAAAGAUAUCUGACACUUGGUAGUGGGCGUAUAAUCGGAACGCAGAAGCUUCAUUGUUGUCAAUACGGAAAUGCGAAUUCCUACACGUUCUGCCCCUCGUCCACCGAUUAAUCCAAAUUCGACGGCACAAAGAAACAUUAUUUGGAAUAGCACAAACAAUGUUUUUGGAUCUUCGUUAAUGCAACAACCUAUUCAGAAGAAAAAGCCACCACCUCGGCCACCACCGCCAAAAUUUAAUCAAAAUUAUUCGCAUACGCAAAAGGAAAAGUCAAAAAAGCCAGUAAGGCCUACAGAACUUUUGACUAAUCUUUUCGGAAGAAAGAAAAGCGAACAUUCAAGCAUAACACAGUUAAAUAGUCAAAUACACAAUACAAUAUUACAAUCAGAAAACACAAAUGGACCAAUUUGUCUAAUAGAUUUUAGUCCACCUGGAUCUCCAACAUUUACGACUCGAUCAAGUAGCGACGGUGUUAGCAUUGAUAGCUUUGGCAGUGAUGGAAACUCAAAUCCAUCUGCAUUUACAAGUAGUGGGAACACAUCUCAAACAGAAAGUGCCUUUGAAGAUGAUUUUGAUUUUUUUGGAAUAUCUAAUAAAAAAGCAUCACAAAAUGAUCCAUGGAAAAUUAAUUCAAUAACAGAUCCAUUUGGACCAUUGGAAAUAACUAAUCAUAAUACGUUACAAUCUGUAAAACAUGCGGGGGAUGCAAGCUUUUUUGCUUUUAAUACAAAUAACCAAGCAUCUUUCGAUCAAACAUCUUUGAAAAGUACUCGAUCAAUGCCAACUAUAAUUCGCGCGAAACCACCCAAACCCCCAGCUCCAAAAGUUUUACAAACGAAAAUACAGCAAAAGAUUAACAACAUCGAAAUUGAAUCAAGAUGUUCAAACAAAAUAGUGCCUUCUGCUAAACCAAUGACGUUAGAUUUAUCUAAUUCAUGGCAAAAUGAUUCUAAAGAUAACCCUUCACCUCCGAUGCCCACAAUACCACCACCUGCACCACCUCUGGAAUAUUUAGCAGAAAUAAAUAACGAUCUUUCAGUCAGCAAUGAAGAACCUUACGGCAUUGCUCUAUAUGAUUUUCCAUUAAUACAUGCGGACGAUUUGCCUUUCAAGCAAGGUGAUAUAAUAUAUUUAAUUAAGAAAAUUAAUGAAGAUUGGAUGGAGGGUAGAGUAGGAAAUCAACAAGGAAUAUUUCCUAUUAAUUUUAUCGAUAUAAAAGUACCAUUGCCUGGUGUCCCAGACAAUAUAGUUACCGCUAUCUACCCUUUUAAAGGUGAAACACCAGAAGAUUUAGUAUUUGAUGAAGGAGAAAAAAUUACAGUUUUAUCGAGGAUAUCACAAGAUUGGUUAUAUGGUGAGUGUAAAGAUCGAAAAGGACAAUUUCCGGUAAAUUACGUAAAUAGAAUCCCAUGCACUCUUCCUUUACACUUGGAAAAUUAAUGUUUCGCAUGUUUUCUCAUAUUAUAAAUGAUUACAUGUCAGUGAUUUCUAUAUUACUAAUUUUAUUCUUACGAAUAUUUUUGUAAUGGUAUUUUCAUGAAGCAGGGAAUGAAAAAUUUAGAAUUUAUUCAGUCAUAGAUACUAAAUGGAGACUAAAUUUGUAGAAUUUCUAUUUACAACAAGACUGAGUUAUAUGCAAGUAUGCAUUGCCUUGUGAAA